AUGGCGUGUGCUGCAUUUGUUAUUGCUGCUGCUCCUCACACAUCUCCCAUCUGCUUCUGUCCAAUUCUCGCGAAGCAGCACCAACAGGAGGUGCCAGAUCCGGUGACAGAGCGUGAUACUUUGGAAAAAGAAAGAACGUCCACCGUUGCCCCCAAAACAACGGCAGUAGCAGAAGGAGCUGCCACCUUAGCGAGGCCUGUGAGAUCAGCGCGCACGUUCGGUGCAGCGCCUCUCGCUGCUGCAGUGUCUGCUGAGGCAGAGGCGGCAGCAGGGGCAGCAGUUGCGGAAGCCACCGCAGCAGCAGCAGGCGAGAAUGUGGCCCUGCUUGCUGCCCCGCGAGGCUUCUGUGAAGGAGUCAGCCGAGCUGUAGGGGCGGUAGAAGAGGCGCUGCGCGUCUUUGGAAGUCCGGUCUACGUCAAGCACCAGAUUGUGCACAACGAGUUCGUCUGCAAGCAACUGGAGGACCGCGGCGCAAUCUUUGUAGAAGACAUCGAGGAAGUGCCUCCCAACUCAGUUGUUGUCUUCUCGGCGCAUGGAAUUCCCCCCUCCGUCCGAGAUGCUGCCAAGGCCAGGGGCCUCACGACGGUUGACGCCACCUGCCCCCUCGUGCAGAAGGUCCACGUCUACGUCAAACAGAAGGCCAAUGAGGGCUAUCAGAUCGUAAUUAUUGGACACAAGAAUCAUGUGGAGGUUCAGGGCGUUAAGGGCGAGGCCUCGGAUAAGGUGCAAGUUGUCGAGUCCGAGGCAGAUGUGGCUGCCCUCACGUAUCCUCCAGACACGAAACUGUUUUACGUUACCCAGACCACUCUCAGCGUCUUGGACUGCAUGCGCAUCGAGCAAGCGCUGCGCGCCAAGUAUCCACACAUCGAAACGAUUCCCUCGGGCUCCGUGUGCUACGCCACUACAAAUCGGCAGGCGGCACUGGGGGCCCUCUCUGCACAUGCAGAUCUCGCGCUGGUCGUAGGGAGCCCCUCUUCAAGCAAUGCAAAGAGGCUUGUGGAAGUCGCAAAAAGCAGAAACAUCCCGGCAUAUUUGGUGCCGACUCCCGAAUCCGUAGAUCCGAAGUGGCUGAAGGGCGUCAAGACGGUUGUUGUUUCUGCGUCGGCUUCCACUCCCGAGGCCCUCACGAACCGUGUGAUGCAGCGUCUUGCUGAGCUUGGGGUGUCUGUUCAGCAGGAGGCCCUUGCUGUCAACGAGACAAAGCCUACGUGGAAGCUCCCCAAGAACCUGCGGGAUGCCGCGCAGCUCCUCGUGGCAAAGUUGACGACCGCGAAUUGA